UUUGAAUUUAAUAAAUAAAAUAUUUAAUAUUUCAAUUGAAUGCAAGUCGCUACUUUUAUUUAAAAGUUUAAAACAUAAUUUUAUUUGUAAUCAUUGUGUACUCAUAAAAUUUUUAUAAAAAAUCAUUUACCUACUAUUAACACAAUGGAAAUGAAUGCUGAUAAUCAUUUAGAACCAGCACCCAAGGAAAUUCAAAUAAAAUCUGAGGAAAAUGUAAAUGAAAUCGUACCAGUAAAAAAUGAAGACGAAACGGAAUCAAUUGCUAAGGAAAUGCAAAUAAAAUAUGAAGAAAAAGUGAAUGAAUUAGAAUCAGAUAAAAAAGAAUCGGGGGCCGAAGAAAUUCAACUAAAAUCUGAGGAAGAAAACAGAGAAAUAGAUCCAGAAGAAAAAGAAAAUCAAUCUGAAUCAGUCGUAAAAGAAGACCCUUUUGCUUAUUUAGAUCGAGAUGAUUUUACUUCUGAAAAGUAUAAGAUAGAAAUAAGAAAUCUUCCAAAACAUUAUGGAAUUGCUGAAUUCAAAAAAUUGAUCAAUACAAAGUUGGAAUUGAAUUGCUCCAAAGUUAAAACCCCUAACCGUAAUGGAAAAUGGCUCUAUAUGUGUUUUCGUUCCGAAGAAGACAAAAAUACAGCUCUGAGUACUUUAAAUGGAUAUAAUUGGAAAAAUACAAAAUUAGAUGCUAGUAAUGCCAAAGCUGUUCCUGAUCCAUUAGUAAAAAAACGUAAUGAACAAUUUGAUGAUUGUCCAGAGGUUAAAAAAAUUAAAUUAAACAAUGCUGGCGCAGAACAACAGAUGAUAAGUUCUGUGACACCUUUUUAUAAUAUAUCUUAUACAGAGCAAUUAACUAAAAAAACCAGUUCUAUUAAAAAUGUUCUUAUGGAUUAUAGUAGACGUUUGAAACGAAUUAAAUGUGGUCAAGCUAUAGUUGAUUGGUUAAAAAAACAACAAAAUACAAAUAAUGGUCUUCCAUGUGAACUUUUGGAAAUACAAAGUCUUAAAAAUGAUCCAGAGAAAUGUGUUGGUUAUAGAAAUAAAUGUGAAUUUACUAUAGGCAUGGAUGUAGAAAACAAAGAACCAAUUGUUGGCUUUCGCGUUGGUGCAUAUAACCAGGGAAAAACUUGUGUUGCUCCCAUUGAUAAUAUUUUGAAUGUUCCUCAACGUAUGAAAGAUGUCGUUAAAUGUUUUCAAGAUUUAGUUAGAGCUUCUAAAGUUCCUGUAUUUGAUCCUGAAAAUUAUACAGGUCAUUGGCGUCAGUUAACUGUAAGGCUGAGCUUAAAAACUGGACAACUGAUGUUAAUUUGUGUCGUUCAUACAGAAAACAUGGAGGACUCUGCCCUGACUUCUUUAAAACAAUUAAUCUUAAGUUAUUUCACUGAAGGGGCUGGAACUGAUUGUAAAGUGGAUUCUCUUUACUUUCAAAAAGCAAAAAAAAGAGCGGCUGGGGAAGGAAAUUCAUUUCCCUUAGAAUUGUUACAUGGACAGGGAUAUAUCAUUGAAGAAGUGAAAGGUCUUAAGUUGAGAAUUUCACCUGAAUCGUUUUUUCAAAUAAAUACAGCUGCUUCUGAAGUAUUGUUUGAUGCUGCUAAAGAUUUAGCUUCCAUUAACUCUCAAACUACAGUCUUAGAUGUGUGUUGUGGUUCUGGUACAAUAGGCCUAUCUAUAGCUAAAGACUGUGCUCAAGUAAUUGGUGUAGAAAUUCAAGAAGAAGCAGUUAAUAUGGCAAAAUUAAAUGCCACUGAAAAUGGUAUCACAAAUGCAAUAUUCUUUGCUGGAAAAGCUGAAGAAGUAAUGAACAGACGUGAAUUUCAGAACCCAGAAAAUGCUAAUGAUGUAGUUGCCAUAGUCGAUCCGCCUAGAGCAGGAUUACAUAAUAAAGCGAUAUUGCUUCUACGAAGGAUGACACAUUUGAAACGAUUAGUAUAUAUGUCUUGUAACCCUAAAGGGGCUAUGCAAAAUUUUUUAUCGUUGUCUAUGGCUGAAUCUAAAACCAAACAAGGUGCUCCAUUUGUACCAGUGAAAGCUGUUCCUGUUGAUAUGUUUCCACAAACACCACAUUGUGAACUUAUAGUGUAUUUUGAACGACUUGAAAGUUAAUUUUUUUUCAUGGGCCAAAAUUAAAAUAUAAUUGCUUUGUUUAUAUAUUAUUAAAAAUAAAUGUUGAGUAAUUCAGCCCUUAUAUUUAAUUAUGUUACUCGACUGCCUGUUGUUAA